UAUGGCGGCCAGCGAUCAYGAAGGUAGUAGGGCCAGUGAYCUYAGUGAAACAGCCAUUCGACAAUCAUGGAUGAUGAAAAGAAGUAAAUAUUCWAAGAAAUGGGAAAAGAGGUGGUGUUGUCUGAAGAAGAACGAAUUAUUUUAUGGAAUAUCAUCUGAGGAAUUGACCAAAGUACUUGCUYUGGAAGGUUGUGAACUUUCUGAAUGUUCAAUUGAUAAAAARCAGCAUGCAUUCCGAAUAAAGCCAAAAGGAAGCAGCCGGUGUUACUAUUUUCAUUCAGACACUGAACAGGAUCAACAAGAAUGGAUGCAAGCUAUUUGUUUUGCUAAAGCAUCAGGAACAAUGGGUGAUGGCUCUCAAGCAUGCAUCAUACAGUAAAAUUCAAAGUAAAUCACUUUGAUGUAAAAAGUGUACAUAACAGAACCAAGACUGGAUUUGGCUGCUGUAGAAGUUUAGCAGAUUUGUAGAUAACAGUAUUGGCGUCUUCAUUGAAUUGUAUUUACACACUACAGAAGUAGUAUCUGUAUUCCAACAUUUUUACUAGUGGAACGCGAAUUUACUAKUGAAGUGUCUGAUUAGAUGCCUUUAAGUCAAUCGACAUUAGAAUACACAAAGUSCACAUUGUUCACUGAAUAUUUGUAAGACCUGUCUGGAUUCCAGRUGCUUGUUUUGCUGCAUAUACGACAGUUACUCCUAAAGGAAUCAAGCGUAAAAGUCAAAUUAAGAGAAAUAUCAACUAGAAAAACGUGUACCUAGAAAUAUCAUACAAGACAGGACAAUACAUCAUGUGUUAUCMAGGCUAGAUAAAGAUUUAUUCUAYGGUGAUGAAAGCAGCAAUCAAUAUACAUAGAAUGAAAGCCUGCAAAUUGAGGGAUUCUAUUCACAAUUGAACUUCACAGUAAAAGCUGGACAGUCAGUCCAUAUUCACAGUAGGCAGGCAUAGUAUGGCAAUGUAAAGAUUACAUAUUUAUUGGUUGAUAUAUAUAUAAACUGUAUCAGACCAAUGGACUCGCAUAACAGGUUUUCAACCAGUUUCCAAUAUUGAAUGGGUCCCUGGUUGAAGACAUAUUGCUAGAGACUCAACAUAUUUUUAAUUAGAAAUUUUACUGUGUAAAAAUAAUUUGUUUAGAAAUAAUGAUGCAGUCAAAAUAUUUAUAACUGGAUGUAAAUAAUUAAGAAUAUUUAAAGAGUUUCGUG